AUGAGUGAAGAUAAUUCUUGGAAGACGCAACUUAACCUUCCUAAGAAGGAUACCAGGCCUCAGACAGACGAUGUUCUUAAUACAAAGGGUAAUUCUUUUGAGGAUUUCUACUUGAAGAGAGAGCUUCUGAUGGGUAUUUUUGAGGCUGGUUUUGAGAAGCCAUCUCCUAUUCAGGAGGAGGCCAUCCCGGUUGCCAUCACCGGUAGAGAUAUCUUGGCCAGAGCCAAGAACGGUACGGGUAAGACCGCCGCAUUUGUCAUUCCUACACUAGAGAAAAUCAAGCCUAAGCUGAAUAAAAUCCAGGCCCUGAUCAUGGUUCCCACUAGAGAACUGGCACUACAGACAUCGCAAGUUAUAAGAACCCUGGGCAGACACUGUGGUGUCUCCUGUAUGGUCACAACGGGUGGGACUAACCUGAGAGAUGACAUCUUAAGAUUAAACGAAACUGUGCACGUACUAGUCGGUACACCAGGUAGAGUACUAGAUCUGGCAUCUAGAAAAGUGGCAGACCUUUCAGAGUGUUCCCUGUUCGUCAUGGAUGAAGCAGACAAAAUGCUUUCACGCGAUUUCAAGACCAUCAUCGAGCAAGUAUUAACAUUCCUACCAAAGGCCCACCAAUCUUUACUAUUCAGUGCAACUUUCCCUCUGACAGUCAAGGAGUUCAUGGUGAAACACCUACACAAGCCUUACGAAAUUAACCUGAUGGAGGAAUUGACACUAAAGGGUAUUACGCAGUACUACGCCUUUGUAGAAGAAAGACAAAAACUUCACUGUCUGAACACCCUAUUCUCUAAGCUUCAAAUUAAUCAAGCUAUCAUCUUCUGUAACUCAACUAACCGUGUGGAGCUUUUGGCUAAGAAGAUUACGGAUCUUGGCUACUCUUGUUACUAUUCCCAUGCUAGAAUGAAGCAACAAGACAGAAACAAAGUCUUCCACGACUUCCGCCAAGGUAAAGUUCGUACCCUUGUUUGUUCCGAUUUGUUGACUCGUGGUAUUGAUAUUCAAGCCGUUAACGUUGUCAUUAACUUUGAUUUCCCAAAAACUGCAGAAACGUACUUGCAUCGUAUCGGUAGAUCCGGUAGAUUUGGUCACUUGGGUCUAGCUAUUAAUUUAAUCAACUGGAAUGACCGUUUCAAUCUGUACAAGAUUGAACAAGAACUGGGUACUGAAAUAGCUGCCAUUCCAGCCACAAUUGACAAAUCCCUGUAUGUUGCAGAAGAUGAUACUGCCGUCCCUGUUCCUGUACCAAUUGAAGACCCACAUAUUGUGCAUCAAAGAAGAAUGCAAGAACAACAGCAGCAGCAACAACAACAGCAAGGACAACAAGGACAACAACAAGGUUACCCUGGCCAACAGGCGUUUAUCCCUCCUCAACAAGGUCAACCACAAUUCAUGCCUGUUCCUCAACAGUACAUGCAGAUGAAUCAGCAACAAGGCAUGCCACCAAACCAACAGCAGCCACCAGCAAUGGGUUAUCCUCCACAACAAUUACCAACUGGCUAUGUUGCACAACAAAGAUAUUAG